AAUUUCUUGGGUCAGGGUCAGUCUGGUGGUGUGCACAAGCACACGCACAGAAGCGCACUGCCUCAGAGAGAGAAAGAGCUUCAGGCGUGUGGGUUUCUGCAAAACUCUGCAAAUAUUCGUCCCUUUCCCAUCGCCCCACUUCAAUCUCUUUCAACCUGCCAUCCUUCUUCUCUCCUUCUCCCGUCUCUCCUUCCCCUCCCUCCGGAAGGCAAGCAAAGGAUAGAGAAAGAAGACCAAAAAUAAGUCUGGCCAUGAAGAUGACCCUCCAUCAGUUCCAGAGGAGCAGAAUCUGUCACGAUGAAAACGAAGAUGCGUCUGGCGACUUCUCUGGAAAUGAGGCCGCCAUUAAUCUAUGCUAUGGUGGCUCAGCCUCCUCUUCUUGUGAUAGUUAUUGCAGAAGUGACUUGACCGUUCAGAUUUGGGGAGCUUCAUCAAGCAAACAAGGUCUGAAAACUUGGAACUUGCCAUUUACGGAAAACUGUAACAUUACCAAAGGCUGUGAUUCAAGUGAAGGCUACAACGCCUUUGAAGACAUACCUAGUGAGGAAGUGCAGGACAAUGAUAAUUCUUCUGUUGGGAAGGGUACCACUAAGCUCUGCGCCAGAGGACAUUGGAGACCAGCCGAGGAUGCAAAACUUAAAGAGCUUGUUGCUCUCUAUGGGCCUCAGAACUGGAACCUCAUAGCAGAGAAACUAGAAGGAAGAUCAGGUAAAAGUUGUAGGCUGAGAUGGUUUAAUCAAUUGGAUCCGAGAAUCAACCGUAGAGCCUUCAGUGAAGAAGAAGAAGAGAGGCUAAUGGCUGCGCACAGGCUUUAUGGGAACAAAUGGGCCAUGAUCGCUAGACUGUUUCCUGGCAGGACAGACAAUGCAGUCAAGAACCACUGGCACGUGAUCAUGGCUAGGAAAUACAGAGAGCAGUCCAAUGCUUACAGAAGGAGAAAGCUGAACCAGUCUGCUGACAGAAGGGAAGACGACUCCCUUUCAAGCUGUGGACGCAUGUCGUUUGGCUCAAGCAGUAGCAUCACCUAUAUGACGCCGCAACAGCCACCAUUUGAUUUCCUAUCGAGUUUCAAGAAUGGUCAUGGGACAGGCUUUUCUAUUGAUGGUGGCAGCUGCUGGGAUAUGUCUAAUGACCCCCAUACUGGUUUCUACCACCAACACCCGCCUCUUCCACCAGUGAGGAUGAGGAGGGACCUCGGUUAUUACCCUGCCUCACCUUCAUCAGAGAUCUCGGUCACCCAGGAUGCCUCUACAGCAGACAACAAGAAGAACAUCCCUUUUGAUAAAAUCUCUCCUGCAUUCAUUGAUUUCCUUGGUGUAGGUGCUACUACGUGACAGAGUAAAUGAAGCCCUUAAAAUUUUUGAGGAUGGUGAUGUGCAUCUUAAUUUCAGGGGAAAGACCAAUGCCGAAAGAGGGAAAAAGGGACGCUGUUUUGAUGUGAAAAUGUGACGAUAUAUUAGGAGAGGGAAAAAAAAAGAGGGUGGUGGUGGUUUGUUAUGGGCAAUCCCCUUUCUUUUUUAUUUUCUUUCUUCAGUAUGCACCCACUUACCGGCUUCAGUGAAAUCGGCUUCCUAAGGGGGAAAUGAACAAAGAGAUAUAUUUGAACUUAAAUGUUCGUACUGUCCA